AUGGCAGAGCAUAGUAUGGAUUAUUGGAAAGAGUUGAGUGCUGAUUGGUAUGACUUGAUUGGUCAGCCGUCGCACACCUUCCAUGUUCCGGCAGCCUUGCAGAGCCAACCUGUCGCCGUUGCUAUGGAAACUCCUUUAAUGUUGCAGUCGCCGUCAUUGCCAUUAUCCUCGUCAUCGCUGUCAUCGUUGUCAUCGGCGUUGCCGUCAUCAGCGUUGCCGUUUCCAUCAUCGGCGUUGCCGUUGCCGUCAUCGUCGUUGCUGUCGUCGUUGACGUUUCAGUCGAACAAAAGAAAAAGGAUAACUUGGACAGAAGCGGAGCAUAAGCGGUUUCUAGAGGGACUUCAUAAAUAUGGAAAAGGAGAUUGGAAAAACAUCUCAGCUUACAUUCAAACGAAAACUGCAAUUCAAGUUGCCAGUCAUGCACAAAAAUAUUUUAUCCGUCAAGCUCAAACACAACACCAAAAGAAGAGGAAAAGCAUCCAUGACAUGGUUAUGGAGAACGCAUUUCAUAUGCAAAAUUCAUCUUCUUCUGGUGCAAGUUCACAGUUUUCCGAUGUGCAACCACUACCCUUCAAUCCUCACGUCAACGUGCCUCAUCCACCAGAGCUACAACCCAUGCGAGAAAUGAUGAACCAAAAUCCUAUGAAUCCCAACAACAUGAUUCAUCAUCCUGCAUACUUUAAUCAAAUGCAACCAUGUUAA